AUGAAGUAUCUACCCAUUUCUAACUGGCUGACCCAGCUUGGUCUUGCAGAAUAUUGCACGCUCUUUCAACAAUAUGAUGGUAUAGAGGAUUUAUUUCAUCUUACAGAAGUUGAUCUUAGAAAACUGGGAAUUGAAAAUCAAGGCCACCGAACACACCUCAUUUCCAAUAUCCUGCUGCUUCAGGAGGUAAAACAAAAGAGAGAACCAAAAAUGAUAGCUGCUGGAAAAUUUUCAAGUCUUUCCAGAAACAGCCCAGUGAACCACCAGUUUUCAUUAGCUUCUUCCAUGGACCUUUUGACUACAAAACCUUCACCAAUUGAACAUCGUUCAAACUCUUUCCAAGGCAUCUCUAUCCAUGGCACUCUCCCCAGGAAGAAGAAGGGGACAGUUCCCUCUAGGUCUUGUGAUAUGUUUAGCCACGUGGGAACGUUGCCUUACGCCAGAGCACGGCAGCAGCCACCUUUUGUACAGGAUGUUAUAGAAGAGUACCCUCCAGAAAAUGGAAAAAGCAGCAAACUCCAUGCCAGAGAUCAGAAUAUUCUGGAUCCUGCAUUGGAAUAUGUUAAGUUUUCUAGGGAGAGGCAAGUUAUGGACAACAGCCCGGAAAAACUGAAGAAGGAAUUAGAGGAAGAACUGCAGCUGAGUAGUGAAGACUUGCGUAGCCAUGCCUGGUACCACGGACGUAUUCCUCGGCAGGUGGCAGAAGGCCUGGUUCAGAGAGAUGGAGAUUUUCUGAUUAGGGAUUCUCUCUCCAGUCCUGGGAACUUUGUUCUUACAAGUCAGUGGAAAAAUACCCCUCAGCAUUUUAAAAUCAACAAAACAGUUCUAAGACUCAAUGAAGCCUACUGUCGUGUUCAGUAUCAGUUUGAACUGGAAAGUUUUGACACUAUCCCUGGCUUAGUUAGGUACUAUGUUGGGAAUCGCACACCAAUAUCAAAGCAGAGUGGAGCAAUUAUUUUUCAGCCUAUCAACAGGACUGUGCCUCUCAGGUGUCUAGAAGAAAAAUAUGGUGUAACUUCAGUCCAGCAAAAAGAGCCAAACACCCCUGAAGGAAAAGUGGAAACUGCAAAAAGGCUGAGUCUUGGUAUAUCCAGCAUGCAAUCCCUGGAGCAGAGCAUACCCAGAGGAAAUCUUUUGAGAAACAAAGAAAAAAGUGGUAGCCAGCCAUCUAGUUUGGAUCAUGUUCUGGAGAAAAGAUUCCCUUUAAAGGCUCACCAGUCAGAGAGCUAUCUGCUGAUAGGUUCAAGACAUCCAUCUCGAUUACCUGAAGCAGAUGCAAACUCCUGUCCCAGCUCACCUGCAUUUAGAACAGGCAGUGAACCAUCUCUAAGCCCCACAGUUAUUCAGAAAGUCACCUCAGAGUCACAGAUAGGGGAAGCUCUGAGAGGAUCAGACAGUCAGCUCUGUCCAAAGCCUCCACCUAAACCCAGCAAAGCACCCCUGAUGAAGCCCCCAGGUUCUCCUUUGGCUUCCCACAGCUCUGAAGGACACUAUUGUGAACUAAACCCUGACAGACAUCCUACAGCAGCAAAACAACACUUGUGUCAGAAAAACAGCUAUGUGGAACAUCUGAUGCGAAAGGAGAGGGCAAUAUUCAGGAACUCUGAAACAAGCUAUUUGAUCCUUGAUGAAGAUCCUACAAUGAGCCCUGCAGAUCCUUUAGAAGCUUCAACUCAGGUGGCUAAAGAAGACAGCAUCUUUUCUGCACCUGUUUAUGAGACAGUGUCUAGUUUUAAACCAAAUGAUUUUGAAUCCAAACUACUUCCUCCUGAAAACAAGCCAUUGGAAACAUCCAUGUUAAGAAGAGUUAAGGAGCUUUUCACCAACAAUAACCCAAAGAUUAUUGCACAGCAUAUUCUUAGAAUGGACUGCAAGGUGGCAAGGAUAAUAGAAGUUUCUGAAGAGAUGAGGAGGAAUAUGGGAGGGAACUCUGGUCUUGAAUUGAUCACCUUGCCUUAUGGACAUCAGCUGCGCCUUGACCUGAUUGAGAGGCACAGUACCAUGGCAAUAGGAAUAGCUGUUGACAUCUUGGGUUGCACAGGAAGUGUAGAAGAUCGAGCAGCAACAUUAAACAAGAUCAUCCAAGUUGCUGUGGAGUUGAAGGAGUCAUUAGGGGAUUUAUAUGGAUUUUCUGCCAUAAUGAAAGCACUGGAAAUGCCACAGGUCAGUAGGUUAGAACAAACCUGGACGGCUCUAAGACAUUGUUAUACCCAGACUGCCAUUAUGUAUGAAAAACAGCUGAAACCAUCUUGCAAAGCUUUGCAUGAAGGACAAGAUGAGUGGACUAAAACUAUCAGUGCUCCACAGAACAACAUAACGGUGCCACUGCUGAUGCCUCUUGUUACCUUGAUGGAGCGCCAGGCUGUUGUUUUUGAAGGCAUGGAGCUGUGGGAAAGCAGUGACCAGAGUGGUGAAAUAAUGCUCAGGCACUUGGGCACAGCGCGCCUGCUCGCCCAGCACGCCGAGACGUUUCGCCUGACAGCAGAGCGGCUGCUGCAAGGUUUCCAGCCAGAUGAAGAGCUGAGUGAAAUCUUCAAGACAGAAUUUCAAAUGAGAUUGCUCUGGGGCAGCAAAGGAGCACAAGUUAAUCAAAGUGAAAGAUACGAGAAAUUCAGCCGGAUCUUAACUGCACUUUCACGAAAACUGGAACCUCCUCCAGUGAAGCUGGUGGAACAAUUAAGUAUAUAAGACUCUGGAAACACUAUUUAAGUGAUAUACUUGAAAUAACCUUAGCAUUCUUCUGGCAAUUUGAUACUGCACAAACUUCUUGCAUUUCACAAGAUGUUUAGAACUUUUAACUGCACAAUGCACACUUGUUUUAAAACUACUGAUUUCUAAACAAAUUAUUUAUUUACUGUGGCACCAAGUCAUUUACUGAUCCCUUUAAAGAGUUUAGGUUAUCCCUUUAUUUCCGCAAAAGUUGCAAUGUUUUAAUGAUGCCAAGGAGUAAGGGCACUGGCAUCUUAUUAAGAUGAAGCAAAUAGUGUAAAUAAAAUGACAGAUUAAUUAUCUGACAUGGCAGAAAUUUUGUUGUAUAAUAUUCCUUUAAUGAAUAUAGAAAAAAAUGUAGAUAGAAUUGUGAAGUGUAUCUUUAUGCACAAUAAUUUGCAUAUUUAGAAAUCACAGAAACACUGUAAGUUGCAGAAAUGAUCCUUUAUCUGUAACCAGAAGACCAAACAUCACUGUGCCUGUGAAACUACAAAGUUAGUCUGGGUAUGUGUUGAGACAACUUCCCCAUUUUUUAAGACAGCAUCUGUAUUAUUUCAGCUUUUGCUGGAGCCUGCACAAAAGCUACACUGCCAGGGCUGAAUGGUAAAAUGGCCAGAACAAACAAUCCAGAUAAUUAAAAUGCUUUCAGACAUGAGUAAACGUGGGUGUAUGUAUCUAUUAAAAUUGCUUCAGUUACUGAGAUGAAUCACUUUGGUAAGUACUUUUCCUUGGAUGAAGGCAAAGCCUAAGGUGUUAGCACUUUUUAUAGGAAAUCAGCGUGCACGGUUUAUUAUACAAAGAGUCUUAGCAGCAAAUCCCACUUUGUCAGAUACAGAAUUGGUGAGUAAGGGUUAUCCUCAGAUGUGGUACAAAUAUUUAAGAAUGACAGUCAGAGCUGCAUGUGCUUGUUGUCAGUACGCCCAUUUCUGGAGUGUGAGAUGUUCUUAGAGCACUGAAAAUAUUGGAGUAUGGAUGACAACAAACCAACACCACAAUCUGUUCCUCCUGUCUACAGUCACAGCAGAGGUUUUUACCACCAGAACAAGAGUUUACAGACCUCAUCCUAAAAGUCUGCCUGUCAGUUUUAACAGAAGACAAAUGGGGAAGCUAAGUACUUAGACCAUGAAAAGAUUUUUUUAUUCCAUGAAAAUAUUCUCAACAGAGAACACUAUUUUUAAACAAAGCAUUUAACAUUUAAGAAAUCAACAUGUGCACAAAAAAGGAUUAAAAAAUUACUGGAAAAUGUCUGAUUCUUUAAGACAACUCACGUUCAGAAUUUUAGAAUAAGUGAUUUAUAAGCUGUGCAAGUACAAAUGCUUUUUCCUAUGUUUAAUAACCCUCAUACAAGUUGCACUAACCCUCUUGAAAUCAACCUGCCUCCAUAAGGAAGCAAAUCCUGGAUUCAGAAAAACAAACAGUAGUGUGAAAAGAACAUUUAGUCUUUUAUCAGGAAGUGUUAUUACUGACCUCCAAGGCUGUUAGCCAGGCAGACCACAGGCCCUUAACCAGAAAAUACACAGAUCACAUUUCUUCCUCUUCACAGAAUUACAGAAUCACAGAAUAUUCUGGGUUGGAAGGGACCCACAACAAUCACCAAGUUUUCUCAAAAAUAAAAAAGCACUAGAUUUUAAAAACUGAAAAAAAAAAAAAUAAAAAAAGAAAAAAACCAACCCCAAUCCCAACAAACCCCCCAACAACCCCAAACCCAAAAAACUACCUUAAGUAGUUUUGUCAGUAUUGAGUAAUGUCACAUUAUUAUAUAAAUAACCCUGUAUACAAGCUCCAAAAAUCUAAACUUUAGAGUUUAAUAGGCCCCAAGUACACUAGGUCAAGCUGUGUAAUAGUGGUAUACAUAACAAAAGGAAUAAACCUCUACACAAAGUCACUCAGAUCAGUUUUACUGGUAGUACAGUUCCUAAUAACACUGAAGUGAAAAAGAAUCCAGCACUGCUGCAUCCACAUACUGCUUCAGACCCCAGAAAACAUGUUUUAAUUGUUAUUCCAUAAUGGAUGUUUUAAUUAUAAUUCCAUAGUACACUGCCAAACAGCAGGUGGCUGGGUUGACAAGCUUGUGUUGAUGUAAGUAUCCCUCCCCCCAACAUCUCUAGUCUAAUUCUUAUCACCCUAAUCAAUCAGAUAUGAUGUGUUUAUUAAUAGAACCACAAAUGGAAGGCAAGACAACAUAAGCAAUAGGGGCACUGCAGACAACUAUAUUUACACGUAUAAACAUAUCCAAAUUUCAAUUGUUUACAAGUGAAAGUGCACAAAGAUCAUUACGAAGUAUCACUCAAAUGUCACCUGGUCCAUACAAUGAAGCUUCACCUGGAAAUGGACUAGCACUGCAGUAAUUGAAAUUGGAACGUCAUAGUGAAAAACUAAAAGACAGUUUCCAUAAAAAUAUCUUAAAAAAA